AUGACUGAAACUGAAACGAAAGUUACCGCUGCCAUUGACGAGGCUGCAAAAACAAAUUCACCAAUGACAGAAAGCAAAUUGGUAGCAUCAGUAAAUGCUGAUGAAGAUAUACCUGCUGUUGAUGCUGAUGUGAGGGAUUCGGAUACUGUUGAACUAAAGGAGGUUGAAGCAAAGGGAAAAGCGCCGGAGUCGCGGAAGGAUCCACGAGAAGAUCCGAUCGGUUGGAUGAAUUCACUAAUUCCCGGUGCUGUCCACAAGGUAAAUUAUCGAUUGCUGGACUGGGUUCAGCAAUUGGCAAUUGAAGAAGAAGACAAACGGCAAAUGUUGCCUGGGAAAAGUGACGCUGUUACAAAGAAUCAGUUUUUGUCGUUCCUUCGAGAUGGUUCAUUGUUGGCGAAAUUAGCAAAUCGUCUUCAACCGGGUACAAUCAAAACGAUUCAUGAAGGAGAGGCAGCUAAAGAUAAGACCAAUCAGACAUCUAACAUCAAUGCUUUCAUAAAUUUUGCUAAGGAAAAAGCAUGUUUAUCUGAGGAGCAGAUAUUUACCGCUGCAGAUCUGCAAGAGAAAGGAAAGGCAGGAUAUCAAGCAGUGUUUAAUACACUUAUGCAGCUUGCUCUGAAGGCACAGAGCGUUUUUGAGCAAAAGGGAAUUGAUGCUGAACAACUGAUUCAAACAGCUUCACAAGUUGUACCAACGAAUCUUAUUCAGACAAUUUUAAAUUUCUUCAGACGAGCACAGCCAGCUCAAACACCGAAAACACUUGCAAAAGAAACCGAAGAAAAAGAUAAGACAACUACUGUUGAAAAGGUUGUUGAAGAAAAACAGGCGGAAGAAGAAGUAUGCAAAAAAGUCAUUCAAACGGGAAACGUCGAUACGCCUGCUGUUGCUGUUCACUGA